CUUCCUCACUCCCUCCUCUUCCCUCUUCCCUCUCUCUUUUUCUCUCAAGAUUUGCUCUGUUCAGAGCUUCAUAUCGCAAAGAAACAGAGCACACUCACACACACACAAAAAGUUAUACGAUGUUGCUCGGAAAGAGACAGCGUCCACCGAUUAACAGAACCACAAGUCUAUCAGAGAUAAAGUUCGAUCUGAACCUUCCCAGCGAAUCAGAGCCAUCAGAUCAACAGAAUCCAACUGCCGUAGGACCGUACGUUUCCAACGGUCAACUAGUAACACCAGCCGCUGAUCAAAACCGUGGGUUCUUAGAUCAACGGCUCUUGUCUAUGGUCUCACCUAGAGGUAACCCGAGGAGACACUCUGGCGAUUUCUCCGACGCUGGACAUUUCUUGAGAUCUUGCUCGCUUUGCGAACGUCUUCUUGUUCCUGGCCGUGACAUCUACAUGUAUAGGGGAGAUAAGGCCUUUUGUAGCUCAGAGUGUAGACAAGAGCAAAUGGCACAAGAUGAGAGGAAAGAGAAGGGUAAAUCAGCGCCGGUGAAAGAAACAGCGGCCGUGGCAGCCCCGGCGAGAGCGAAGCCCGGCAAAGGAAGAGCCGCAGCCGCAGUGUAAUCCCCCCCACCCCACCCCAUUUUCACAUAUAUAUAUAUAGCUCUAUAUAAUAUAUGUGUUGGUUUGCUAUGUGUUUGUAUAUGAUUAUGAUGGGUGAUACAUAUAUAAAGCAUUAUGCGAUUAAUUAACUGUGAUUGAUUAACCGUGUUAAUCACCCUCGUGUGUUGUUGUGGUUGAAAUUAGAUGAUUUUCCCGAGGGUUCAAGUGUUACAAGUUUUGAUCUAUAUGAAAUAAGAAAAAUCAAAUGUAUGUGAGACUUGUCUCUUUAUCAACUACUUAAUGAGAAACAAUUUAAGAUUACGUAUU